UGCAGUUUUUUGCGAAGAGAGGCAGCGAAUGCGAGGAGGAAAGCCAUGGAAGCCCCUAUUCAGAGCUCGUCGGUGGACGGCCAAGCCUUCUGUGGAAGCCGCGGGUUCACCUCUGCUGUUGGCGCAGAAGGCACGAGCUCUGUAGGUGGAGUGGCCCCUCCCCCCUCCUCUCUGCCAGUGCUAGCUCCACCAGCACUGGGGGUUCGUGACAUCACUCCCUCUUCUCCUGGCCUCACUGUCCAGUCAGGGACUGUCACCAACGUCUCAUCUCUGCUGGUGGAGACUGAGAGUAUCACAGCUGUCCCUUCCCUCGCCACUGCUCCCCCUCCUGUCCCCCACACUGUUGAGAUUAACCCUUUAGAACUAUCGUCUCCCCUCCCUUCUCACUCUGACACCCUCCUCACUCCCAUCUCCUCGUCCGCUCUCGGUGGUAACGUCACUGGGAUUGGCUCUGUUACUGCCACACCCACUGCUUACACUACUGCUGUCAUGACGACUGCUACCACGACGACCAGUAUGACUCCUGUUCGCCUGACAGGCCAGUUGCUAGGCAAGAGAGUGCGGCGACAGUCGUCCAAGUAUGAAGACUAUGACCAACAAACCCUUUCAGCUAAAUCCAGCCCCACCUCUCUGACUGGGGUCGAGCAGCCAGCGGCCAAGACAGAGAGGAUGACGACCACCAACCAGCUGCAGUUCCUGCUGAAAGCCACGCGAGCUCUCUGGCGGCACCACUAUGCCUGGCCGUUCCAUAAACCUGUUGAUCCGGUUGCCCUAAGCUUACCAGACUAUUUCCAGAUAGUCAAGAGGCCAAUGGACAUGGGGACUGUAAAGAAAAACCUAGAGAACUGUAUGUACAGCUGCUCAAAGGAGUGUAUCCAGGACUACCGGCAAAUGUUCAACAAUUGUUACCUUUACAACAAACCCACUGAUGAUGUAGUAAUGAUGUGCCACGAGGUGGAGAAGGCACUGGACAGGAAACUACAGGACAUGCCUGCACAGGAGGUGGAGGUGCCGAUUGCAGUCAAGGGAGCCAAGAAGGGCGGCAGUGGGAAGAGACGAUUGUCUGCAGUGUCCCAGUCUUCCCCUGCCUCUACCCCUCCCCACUCCACCACCCUCCUCCCUACCUCCUCUCCCUCCCUUCUCCCCACACCCUCUCCUCUCCUCUCUGCUCAUACUGCCACCUCCACCACUACCUCUCUUCCUGGUACCACUCCUGUUGUUAAGGCCCGUCGCGGUGUGAAGAGACAGGCAGACUCCACCACUCCCUCAACAGUCCGGCCGAGUCCCUCUUGCGUAAUCCCGCCUCUCCCCCUCGUCCCCCAGCGGAGAGAGAGCACUCGUACCAUCAAGAGACCCAAACUAGACCUCCCUGGAGAGGCAGACUACCCUCAAGCCAAUAGUAAGAAAAGGCCGCUUUCUGUGCAGCUGAGAUUUUGCCAGCAGAUACUCAAGGACAUGUUGUCACGGAAACACCAGGCCUAUGCCUGGCCUUACUAUAAGCCGGUGGAUGCAGCUGCACUUAAUCUCCAUGACUACCACGACAUCAUCAAACAGCCGAUGGACAUGAGCACCAUACGGGAGAAGCUGGAGGAGCGGGAGUAUGAUGGACCUGAGGAGUUUGCAGCUGACGUCAGACUCAUGUUCACUAACUGCUACAAGUACAACCCUCCGGAGCACGACGUGGUGAAGAUGGGCCGAAGGCUGCAGGAGGUGUUUGAAUUGAGAUAUGCCAAGAUGCCCGAGGAGCCCCCUGCCCCGCCCACCAAGGCUGUCCUGAUGAAAGCAGGGAAGGGAGGAGUGAGUGAAGGAUCUGACCAGAGUCCUUCGGAUGCCAGUGGGGAGUCCAGCUCCUCUGAGGACAGCGAGAGCGAGUCUGAGAGAGCCAGCCAGCUCAGCUACCUUCAGAAACAGGUCAUGAUAGUACAUCAGCAGCUAGCAGCUCUCGCUGGUGGAAAAUCCUCCAAGAAACUAGCAGACCUUCCCUCAGUCAACAUGGACGAGGGAGACCCUCUAUUUAACCCCAGUCAUCCCAACGUCGGUGGUGCCGUGAGGAAGAAGAAGAAGAGCAAAAAGGCGAAGACAGAGACUAAAAAGGCAGUUGUUCCACAGCCUCCGCCAGCCAAGAAACCAGUCAGCAAUAAAGGUGGGUCCUCAUCGAGAAAGAAUGUCCUUGCGGCCCACAGUAGCGACGAGGAGGGAGACUGUAGACCAAUGACGUACGAUGAGAAAAGGCAGCUCUCUCUGGACAUCAACAAGAUCCCAGGAGACAAGCUGGGUAGAGUGGUCCACAUCAUCCAGAUGAGGGAGACAUCGCUCAAAGACACCAGUCCUGAUGAGAUUGAAAUUGACUUUGAGACUCUCAAACCUUCCACUCUCAGGGAACUGGAGAAAUAUGUGAAUUUGGUUCUGAGGAAGCAGAAGAGGCCGUCAGCUAAGGCAAAGAACAAAGUGACUGAUGCUGCCAAGAAGAAGGCAGAGUUGGAAAAGAGGCUACAGGAUGUGAGUGGCAAACUGAGCGGAGGAAAGCUGGCCAAGGCACGUGGAGAGAAUGGGGGGAAGGGGAUGUCGGUAGCAGCAGCCAGCCAGCACCAGUCACGGCUCUCUGCCAGCUCUUCUUCCUCCGAGGACUCAGAUGAUGAUGAGUCGUCAUCCUCAGGCUCUGGCUCCAGCACCAGCUCUGACUCUGAGACCGAGAAAGGUCCUCAAUCAUGAACCUCUGACUCUCUAUCACUUACGUUAUGUAGAGUGGCAUGUUCAGUCUCCUCUUCCAAUGAUCAAUGUCACUAGAACACUGGCACUCCUGCCACUGGUUUAUCAUCAAUCACAUAUUUUUCCUGUGUACCAUCUGUUGCGAAAUAUAUGAGAAUUCAUUUUCUUUCUCUAUUUAGAACCACACAAUGAAGACAAAUCAAGUGCCCCCAAAACGAAGCAACCAGCUCUAUUAAAGAGGCCAUCAGCAGCUGAUAUCAUUGGUCGCCGCUCACAACAAACACGUUCCUCGCCACCUCUCUCUAUUGCCCCUCCCACCAAGACUGAGAAUCUCAAUAAGAGCCCACCAAUCAGUCCUCCUCUAGAUGUGUCCAGUCCACUCGACCCCCCCACCAAACACUCCCUCCUCUCCACCGCCUCCAACUCAGUCUUUGAGCAGUUCAAGAAACAGGCAUUGGAGAAGAACGAGAGGGACCGACUGGCAAGGCAACAGGAGGAGCAGAGGAAGGAGCAGAGGAGACAGGCUGGGCUGGAGGCUCAGAGGAGACGUGAGGAACAGCAGAGCCAGCCUUCCCCCUCCCAUCAGUCCCAGUCGCCCCCGGCAACACCAUCUCCAGCUGGCAGUGUGGAGGAUGCGGAGAGCAAGCAGAAGCAGCGGGAGAGGCAGCGAGAGGAGCAGCGCAGGAAGAGAGAAGCAAUGACAGCCAAGAUCGACAUGACUCAUCAAAGUGACAUUAUGAUCCAAUUCGAGAGGGAUACCUUCUCCUGACUUCUACUGUAGUGAAAGUGUAUGAUGUCAUUGCUAAUCAACCAUUGUAUCAGCCUCUGGAGUGAUUACUGUGCCAAUUGUAGCAACUCCACUUAUCAAUUUUGUGAUUGUGUCAUUCUCAUGUUAUCAACCUUGUCAUAAUUCUCUUUGUUGUAUAAUGUGAAAAGAUCAAACUGUUAUAAGAAGGCAACAAAUGUCACUAAUAUGAGAAAUGUACAAAGAUGUGAUGUAGUGGUGAAGGUGGUUGUGUGUGUGUGUGUCUAGUCGUGCCUCUGGUCCCCCAGCAGUGAGACCUCUUCCUGGACGUCGGGAGCCAUGAGCUGCUCAGGUCUGUCUUCUCCUCCGCCAGACCACAUCUGACCUCCUGGAGUCACCUCAGACUCUACCAUGGUCCCCACUACAGCGGAGUCUCCUUCCCCACCUCCGGCCUCAGCUAUUGACACACUCACCUGGAGGAGGUGGUUGUUGUCCAGACUGUUCUCCAGAGUGUACAUCUCAGCCUGCUCCAAGACCUCACUCCCCGGUGUCUUCAGAGACAGGUCCAUGCUGGAGGAAGGCGGGGCCAGUGAGACAGGGGGCGCGGCUGCUGAGGAAGCCUGGCUCCUGGUGCUAGCAGCCUCACUGGUGAUGGUAGUCAGCAUGGACGAGUCUGCUGGCUGUGUGGUGGUGCUGGGUACAGAACUGUCCUGUGAGCCAGCAAUCCCCUUCCCCUGCUGUGCUGCCUCGUUGGCGAUGUGCUGCAGCAAAAGAGCCUGCAGCUGCUGUAACUGCUGCAGCUGCUGGAAUUGUGCUGCCUGUGACUGGCUGUCAGAGCCUGCCUCCUGGCUUUGCUGAGUCAGCAGCUGCUGCUGCUGCUGAAGCAGUAGGAGAGCAUGCAGUUGCGUUAGCUGAGUCUGGGUCGCAGACGGAGCUGCCUGUGCAGUGGUAGAGGAAGUGACGGCAGGUCCUGUCGCUGGUUCUGAUGAUAUUGCAGAGCUCUUGGCCUCACCAGCUGGAGAUGAGGUUUGGCCAGAAGUCUGAGAGGACAGUUGCUGGAGGAGAGACAACUGGUUGGCCAGCUGGACCUGCUGCCUCAGCAGAGGGUCUUCUUCCCCACUGGCCACCUGGUUCACCAGCAGGGACGUGGCAGAAGAAAUGGAGCUGCUAGAUCCAAAGUUCUGCAGAUGCAGGAGAAGAGCCUGGCAGAAAGUGUCCAGAGAGUGUGGACCUGUGUGCAGUAUCUUGUUCUGGAUGACCCAGGUGGUGAGGUCUGUGACCCACUCCUUCUGGCCAAGAGAGACAUCAACUCCACGUGCCCCACUGCCUUGCUGGAGCCUGUGAAUAUACUCGAUGGUCAUCUCCAGGAUCUCUGCCUUGUCCAGCUUCUUGUUCCC